GCCAAGUCCUUACCCGCCAUCUGAAACCAAAACCGGCUGUUGCCGGUAAUCUCAACACCAUUUCCUUGCUCCUUGCGGUCUCAUCCUCCGGGUGGAAGACCUUCAUUCUUUACCUCCUUUCCCCUCUCCGAUCUUAGGAAGGGCAGCAUAACUGCAAAUCCGAAAUCCAAGCAGCCGACUCAUUCUCAUGAACCAGUUUUCCUCUUCUUCUCUAAACUCUAGCUAAACGUUUCAUCAUCUAGGGUUUUGCCCAAUCUAGGGUUUUGGCCAUGAGCGCCGUGAACAUAACCAACGUGGCUGUUCUCGACAAUCCGGCGGCAUUUCUCAAACCUUUUCAGUUCGAGAUCUCCUAUGAAUGCCUCGUACCUCUCACGGAUGAUCUAGAAUGGAAACUUAUAUAUGUCGGAUCUGCUGAAGAUGAGACAUAUGACCAACUCCUAGAAAGCGUUCUUGUUGGUCCUCUUAAUGUGGGCAACUAUCGAUUCGUCUUACAGGCAGAUCCACCGGACCCAGCAAAGAUCCGUGAAGAAGACAUUCUUGGUGUGACUGUACUGCUUCUAACUUGCUCUUAUGUUGGCCAGGAAUUCAUAAGAGUGGGAUACUAUGUAAACAAUGAUUAUGAAGAUGAUCAACUAAGGGAAGAACCUCCCACUCGAGUCUCCAUAGAUAGAGUUCAAAGGAAUAUAUUAGCAGACAAACCUCGUGUUACAAAGUUCCCUAUAAAUUUUCAUCCUGAAAGCAGCCAGAAUGGCGACCAGUCUGCCGAUCCUUCUUCACCUGAAGCCAACGUUGUACAAGAUAAUGAACCCGAACAGAAACCUGCAUGACGCUUGAUGCUGUUUAAACGAACUGUUUUGUGUGGUGAGAGGGUUCUUAUGGUUAAGCUCAUAAUGUUUUUUGUAUAGAUUCAAAGUCUUUCUUCAAGAAAUUAUUAUAUGCGGAAUCCGAAUAUUAUCUAGACUCCAAUAGAAAAGGGCCACACUGUACACAGUCUAUAUAUUAAUACAUAUUGUGUAUAAAAUUGUACAUAGUGUCUAUUGAAGACCUGGACUAUGCAUGUAAUAAUCUCUUUUCUUUUGCAACUUCAAAAGCUGUGAAAAUUCUCUAGGAGCAUUUUGUCUGAGCGAUGAGUCCUGUUUCACAGGAAAACAUUUGCCUGUUAAUUGCCAGAUCUGUUGCCAGGACGGAAGAUUUAUAUAUAUACUUAUUUGA